AUGGCACCUUCACAGCAGCAGCUCUUCGCCAUCUCAAUCACAGAACGAAUCUGCUCCGCCAUCUCGCUAAUCGGAACAUUCAUCAUAGUCACGACAUUCAUCGGGUCGCGCUCGUUUCGAAGACCCAUCAACCGGCUCGUCUUUUAUGCUUCCUGGGGUAAUAUCAUGGCCAAUAUAGCAACUUUGAUAUCGCAGGAUAGUAUCCAUGCCGGUGUUGGCAGUUCUCUGUGUCAAUUUCAGGCAUUUUUGAUUCAGUGGUUCAUGCCCGCAGAUGCCCUGUGGACAUUCGCCAUGGCCUGCAACGUCUACCUCACCUUCUUCCACAAGUACAACUCAGAACAACUGCGCCAGCUAGAAUGGAAAUACGUCAUCUUCUGCUACGGUCUCCCGUUUAUUCCGGCCUUCGCAUAUUUCUUCAUCAAGACACAAGGUCGAGGCCGGAUAUACGGUUCCGCGAUAAUAUGGUGCUGGGUCUCGCUAAAAUGGGACUACCUCCGCAUAGCCGUUUUCUACGGCCCGGUCUGGCUAGUAAUCUUCCUGACAUUCGCCAUCUACCUCCGCGCCGGCUCAGUAAUCUACCAAAAGCGGCGUCAACUCCGCAUCGCGGGCGCCAUGGACUCCUUCGAUUCAGAGCAUCAGCUUGAGGCUCCGCUCGUCAAAUUAUCCGGCAUUCACGUCACCUCCGAAAUAGCGUACUCGACGCCGGAACGGCAGUCUUUUGUCUCGGGUUUCGGGCCCCCGGGUCCAAGUUUCAUCUCGACGUUCAGUCCCUAUUCCGUAACGAUCGAGGCUGGUCCUCAUGAUCCUGAUCCCGUCGAUAUAUUUCAGGGAUCUGUUCCGCCAUUGGUUUCAGCUGGAUCGUCAAAUUUGAGGCCCGGUCCGACUCCGCUGCAGAUGGAAAUGAGGUCGUCGAGGGUGGUUGUUCCGGAGAGAUAUUCACGGCGAAGAUCUGUGGUUGCGACGGCGGGGACGGAGACGAGGUCGGCUGCUUUGGCAUAUACGAAAUAUGCGGUGCUGUUUUUUGUUGCGUUGCUUGUUACUUGGGUACCUUCAACUGCUAAUAGGGUUUACGCGCUUGUUCUUCCGGAUGACUUUUCGUUUGGAUUGAACUUUGCUUCUAGCUUCGUGCUUCCCCUGCAGGGAUUCUGGAAUAGUCUUAUUUAUAUUUCGAUAUCGUGGCCGGCGUUCAAAGCUCUCUGGAGAGAUUUCAGG